AUGUCCGCCUCAAUACGACCAAUCAGCCCGCCCCAGCCCUCGUCGGCUUCGGUGACAGCUACCACCGUAUCAUCGUCUUCGCCACCAACCACCAGCAGGAGCACGGCCUUUCCGAGCGGCAGCUCGCGCGGCGGAGGAGGUCCGUCCACAACCGCGCCGUCCUCCGUCUCGUCUUCACACCUGCCACCGCCCCAUCCCGCCCCGGGGCCCGGCGUCGCACCCGGAGCCCAAGCCCAAGCCCAAGAAGCCCAGACACAUGCCCAUCCUCACCCUCACCCUCACCCACAUCCCCACCCCCACACGCUCCAAUCCGCCCAGAACCGGCCCCAGCAGCCACUGCCACCGCCCUCCUCCACCUCCGCCAUCGCCCGCGCGCCAGCAUCGCCCACCAACCCGUCGCACCUGCCCUCGGAGGCGGAGCAGGAGCAGGUGGCGCAGGCGCGCCAGGCGCUGAUCGCCAGCAUCGGCAACACGCUGGACCACGAGCUGCAGACGCGCGCGUCGCUGCUGCACUCGAACCAGGCGGCCAUCGAGCGGCAGGAGCGCGACGUCGAGCGCGCCCUCGCCGACCUGCGCCGCGAGGACGACAAGCUGCUCAAGGUCCUCAACCAGGGCAGCCGCCAGGUCAAGGAGCUCGGCGACGUCCAGAACUGGGCCGAGCGCCUCGAGCGCGACUUCCUCGUCCUCGAGGAGACCAUGCGGCUCGUCCACCGCGGCAGCCGCAGCGGGAGUGGGAGUGGCAGCGAGAGUGGGAGUUGGACUGGCAGCGAGAGCGGGAGCUGGUCUGGGAGUGAGAGGGGCAGUGUUGUCGGGGAUGAGGAUGGGGAUGGGGAUGUGAGGAUGGCGGAUGGCGACCUUGAGCAGGCACCCGUUGUUGGCGAGGAUGCCGCGGAUAAGGGCAAGGGGAAGCAGUCGGACGGGCCGUCCUCUACAAUUACCAUGGACGUCGACUCAGGCCAAGAUGGCUUGCCUCCUAGGACUGUUGAGUCUGAGCCAAACAUGCUGGUCGACCUCGUUUCCUCGUCAAACGGAGCAAGCACGGCGCCACCACAGUCACCGACAUCGACCGGCUGGCUGAGGAGGUUCUGGUGGCGGAGCUAA